CUUCCUCAUACAAUUAUAUUUUAUUUAUUUUAUUUAUUUUUAUAGAAUAAAUGCCAUCUCUACUAAGAAAUAAAUCAUCAGAAAAAGCCUCAUAUGUUAUCGGUGUCUGCGCUAUGGAUAAAAAGCUAGGUCAAAACCUAUGCGAUAUAUAUUGGAUAGAAUGCUUACAUAUGGAGAUUUUGAAGUUGUAAUUUUUGGUGAUAAGACGAUUAUUGAUGAGGAAGUAGAGAAUUGGCCUGGAUGUGAUUUUUUGAUUUGCUUCUUUUCAGCAGGAUUUCCGCUAGAUAAAGCUAUUAAAUAUAUUGAACUUCGAAAGCCAUUUGUUGUAAAUGAUGUUUAUAUGCAAUCAUUAUUAUGGGAUCGUCGAAUUGUUCUUGCUAUACUAGAUGCCGUUGGUGUACCUACUCCUCCACGUCUUGUUAUAUCGCGUGAUGGUGGAGUAAAAGUAGAACCUGAAGCUGCGCGUGCAUUUCAUAAAAUAUCAGGAAUGGAUAUUCAUCGUAUAUUAGGAAAAUAUGUAAAGAAUACAAAACACUAUCGUAUUUCUGAAGAAGGUGUUGAAGUGGAUGGUGCUUUCCUUUCAAAAACGUUUUUAGAAAAACCUGUAGAUAGUGAGAAUCAUAAUAUAAAUAUUUAUUUUGAUAAAGAGCGAGGAGGAGGUGGUAGGCGUUUAUUCAGAAAAAUUGGUAAUAAGUCAAGUGAGUUUGAUCCAAACCUGAAUAUGCCAGCAUCUGAAGGCUCUUGGAUUUAUGAAGCAAUGAUGGUUACCGAGAAUUCUGAAGAUAUCAAGGUUUAUACAGUAGGCCCAACCUAUGUACAUGCAGAAACUAGAAAAUCUCCUACUGUUGAUGGUCUUGUUAAACGUAAUACAGAAGGAAAAGAAAUUAGAUACGUUACAGAAUUAACAACCGAAGAAAAAGAAAUUGCAGCCAAAGUCUCAAAAGCUUUUGGACAAAUGAUUUGCGGUUUUGAUUUAUUGAGAGUGAAAGGGAAAUCUUAUGUAAUCGAUGUUAAUGGCUGGAGUUUUGUCAAAGGCAAUGAACACUACUAUGACCAAUGUGCUAGAUUAUUAAGUGAAGCUUUUCUACAAUCUAUGGUGCGAAGACCUUCAGCUACUAUUCAUGAUAUACCUCGUGAAAUUUUACCAGAAAAUUCAUGGAGAUUAAAGGGCUUUGCUGCAGUAUUUCGUCAUGGUGAUCGCACACCUAAAAAUAAACAUAAAAUAUCAUUAGUUGCACAACCUUUUAUUGAUCUCUUGGAUGGAAGUACUCAGGAAGUUGUGUUUCGACAAAAGCAUCAAUUACAAUUAGUGAUAGAUGCAAUUACCAAGUGUUUGGAUAAAAAGCUAGAGGACGAAAAGAAACUACUAGCACUCAAAGAAAUUUUAGAAAGAAAAAGCGAAUUACCUGGUACAAAAGUUCAAGUUAAACCCAUUUUCGAUAAAGAAUCAAAUUCACUCAAAAAACUACAAGUCAAUGUUAAAUGGGGUGGUGAGUUUACUCAUGCAGGUUUACACCAAUCUAGAGAUUUAGGUGAAAAUCUUAGAAAAGAUAUGAAGAUAUUGAACAAGCAUAUUAUGGAUGAUAUUAAGAUUUGGAGUAGCUCUGAACGUAGAGUGCGUGCAACAGCUGAUGUUUUUACCCGUUAUUUUCUUGGUAGACCCGAGUCAAUUGAGGGUGUUAUAUCAGAGAGUAAAUAUUUACUUGAUGAUAGUAAUUCAGCUAAAGAGCAAAUGGAUGCAGUAAAGAAACAAUUGAAAUCAUUACUUCGCCCUGGUUAUGAAAUCUCAACCAUUUUAUUAGCACAAGCAGGCUGGCCUGCUAAUAUGCCACAGCCUCAUGUCAUCCUUCAAGAAGUCUCAAGUAUUAUGAAUCGUUUACGAGCAACAAUGAGAAAUAAUUGGGAAACCAAAGAUGUAGAUCAAUUACAACGUCGUUGGUGUUGUUUUGAAUCACCUAAUUUAUUUAGAGAAAGAUGGGAAAAGAUGUUUAAUCAUUUUUGUUCAAAUGAACCCAACGAUAGUAGUGAUUCUGAUGUGCUACAAAAAGAACCAUUUUGUCCUGAUCCUUCUGGUAUUCCUGAAUUAUACGAUUCUUUAAAAUACGAUGCUUUACAUAAUCGACAGUUCUUAGAAGCUAUCUUUUACAAUUCUGAUUCUCCUUCCUCUUCUUCAACAUCAACAAUGAAUAAUGAAGAUAAUAAUAAUAAUAAUCUUAGCACAACGAAAAUCAAUAUUUCUGAUACUUCAAACUAUUGUACCGAAAAAGGAUCAUCAGAAACGGUUAAUGAAGAUCUUCAUAAUUUAUAUGCUUAUGUAAAAGCAUUAUUUGAUUUUGUUGCGCCGCAAGAAUAUGGUAUUACUGAAAAAGAAAAGAAGACAAUUGGUAUGUUAAUUGGUUUACCAUUGUUGAAGAGUAUUUUGCAUGAUUUAGAAGAUUUUAAAGUAUCAGAAAAGCCAAAAACAAGACUUUAUUUUACAAAAGAAUCUCAUGUACAUGCUCUGCUGAACUUGGUCUAUUUAUCUGGUUUACCAACUAAAUUUCCUCGUCCCAUUUUACCUGAACUUGAUUUCUUAACACAAAUAACAUUUGAAUUAUAUGAAAGAAAUCGACAUAAUGGGACUGAAAAAGAAUAUUCUUUACGAAUUGCCUUUAGUCCUGGAGCUCAUUAUGAUUGCGUAUUAGAUUUACAUAUGGAUGCUGAGCAUUGUCUAAAAGUUGCACCAAGAAAAAAUUUGAUUCCUCAUUUAUCACUAGAUAAGGUUCUUCAGUAUUAUAAAACUGCCUAUCUCAGAAUCCCUGAAUUAGCUGCAAUAGAAAAGCAAAUUGAUGAACGCAAAUUAUAUUAUGCUCAAGAAGAUAAUCAAUAAAUAAUCAAAAAAUAUAAAUAAAUUCUUGGUUUCUUUUUUAUAUCAAUGAUAAAACCAAAUAAACUCUCCC